AAGCUCAGAGAGGCUCUGGCCGUGGCCGCGUCAACAGGUGCUCCCUCAGACUUUUUUUUUUCCCUAAUACCGUCCGACCAACCUCCUUGUCUUCGUACUACUUUUGCUGACUAAAAAAAAAAGAAAAGAACCUCACCGCAUCGCGCUGUUGCAGUUGUUGUUAUUGUUGUUUGUUGUUGCUUCCUUUUUUGAGCGCGCGCGCUCUCUCACUUUUGAUUCCACCAGCGCAACGAGUGACCGGAUUUUUUGUUAUUCGUCGUUUGUUUCGUCAAAGAACUCGAAAAACAAGCAAAGGAAGAGUUAAAAAAAAAAAAUUGAAUCAAAAAGAAGAAAGUGCCGACCAUUUGCAUCCGAGUGACUCGAACGCUGCCAUUUUCCAAUAGUUAUUGUUUGUUUGCAUUUGACGGGAGCUCAUUUCCAUUCAGAAAAUGAACAUUAUUCGGCAGUGUUUUCUUAUCGACAUAGCGGCAACAUCGAUCCUCGUUGAAUCUCUAUAAAAAUUUCGUUCGUUGUCGUUUGCUUUUCGAUUCACUCCGCCGAAACGGCCCCCCCCCCCCCCCAGUUUUCACACACAAGUGCGACCUUUUUUUUUUUGUUUUGUAGACCUCUGUGUUCUUCUGAAGUUUCUGCAGCUAUCAACACGAUCGUCGCUACUUGAACCUGCGCCGAUCUCGAUCGCCAAGAGUUACGACAAGACCCAAGCGACUUUCUCCCACUCAGUUUGGCUUCUCGUUUUGUGCAAUUGGGCUUGGAAUUAAUUUGUUCAAAGCCGCGAGGAGCCACAGCUGAAACGUCACCACUACCCGGCAUUUCCAGCAUUUCUCCGCCCGCCUUUUGUUUUUUUCGAGGACAACCCAAGAGCAUUGUUUUCUACUUUUCCUAUUGCAGCUGCCAUAUUUAACCCACUCCAACAUCCUGUUUGAAUCAUGUCUUACACUCGCAUUUAUCUCGCUGUGGCUUUCCUCUACCUUGCCACAGUUCAACUGCCCUUCACUGCUGCCAACAAUCAAGUUCACCAUGACAUGACGCCAGAGGAACUGCGGCGGGUUUUCCACGUCGAUUCCCACGAUCAAGUUCCAACCUAUGAAGUCAUUAACUUGCGAUCAAGGGUAAGGCGCGACGCAGAGCGAGAUAUCCGCCAUGUCGACCUGUCCGCAUUUGGCACACGAUACAACCUACGACUGGAACGCAACGAACAGCUGCUUCGUGGCGGCAACAAGGUUCGCGUGUGGGUGGCCGACUCGCCAUCCGCCGAUCAAAUGGAUGGAAACCGAACCCACUUUGGAGGAAUCACACUCGAAGAGCUGCCUCAGGACGAAGACGUCGGUAUCGUCUACCAGGAUAAGGAGACGAUGGCAGCGGUGCUAGUCAACCACGACGCCGAAGAUGACGCCCUCAUUCUGGAUGGAACUAUCGGGAGUGAAUUGGUCAUUCGUCCUCUGCCCGCUAAACACCGCCAACAGCAGAAGAAGCCGGCCGGGGUCCAGCUUCAGAGCGGCUCUCACGACGACGAGAUGUUCAUGGACGAAGAAGAUUUCCGCUCGGCCGAUUUCAUGACCCCGUCGCCGCCGUCGACUCUGCCGCCGGCCAACGACACGGAGAACGCUUUAAUCCGCAAAAAGCGCUCUGUCUUUGAUAUGCAGCACAGCAUUGGCUCCCACAUUGUUUACAAGCGAGCCGCCAUCCAAUCCGAUGACGAUUAUGCAUUUAUGGAAAUGGAUUUGCCUCCAACGGGGAAAUCACAGCGCAUGCCACGCCAGAAACGCAGUGCACCACCAACUAUCUAUCCUGAAAUUUUAGUGAUCGUCGACUACGAUGGUUACAGGUUGCACAACGGCGACAACGCCGAGAUCAAGAAGUAUUUCGUCUCCUUCUGGAACGGCGUCGACCUCCGCUACAAGUUGCUUAAAGGACCCAAAGUGCGCAUCAGCAUCGCCGGCAUCAUCAUCUCCAGGGGACGAGACGCGACUCCUUAUUUCGAGAAGAACCGUGUCGGGCGCAACGCAAUCGACUCGACAGCGGCCCUGACUGAUAUGGGAAAGUACCUGUUCCAGGAGAGGCGCUUACCCGUCUACGACAUUGCCGUAGCCAUAACCAAAUUGGACAUGUGUAGACGUGAAUUCGUUUCGGACGAUUGCAAUCGAGGAACUGCCGGAUUCGCCUACGUCGGUGGAGCCUGUGUCGUCAACAAGCGUCUCGAGAAAGUCAACAGCGUAGCCAUCGUUGAGGAUACUGGCGGCUUCUCCGGAAUCAUUGUCGCCGCUCACGAAGUCGGCCAUUUAUUGGGCUCCGUUCACGACGGUUCACCACCACCGAGUUACUUGGGCGGCCCCGGUGCUCAGCGUUGUCGCUGGGAAGACGGUUACAUCAUGAGCGACUUGCGACACACUGACCGCGGUUUCAAGUGGUCUUCUUGCAGCAUCGCCCAGUUCGACCAUUUCCUCAAUGGAGAAACUGCCACCUGCCUGUUCAACAGUCCGCACGAGGACGCUGUUCUUCCCCGUGUUCUACCUGGAAAACUGCUCAGCCUUGAUGCCCAGUGUCGGAUGGAUCGUGGAACAUCUGCCUGCUUCAAAGACGAUCGAGUCUGCGCUCAGCUGUUUUGUUUCGACGCUUCGUCUGGUUACUGCGUCUCUUAUAGACCGGCAGCAGAAGGCUCUGCCUGUGGAGACGGCCAGAUUUGCAACAAUGGACGUUGUAUCGUCGAGAACGAAAAUGCUAUUCCCGACUAUUCAGAAGACCUCGGUCUCAAUUCUUUCCUGAAACGAACUGAUACCAUCCUGGCGGCCACAGAACCUAAACCGUUCUUUACUGGAGGCCUCGCAUCAACGGCGCACGUUUUCAACCCAACAACUCCGAAAGCAAGUCCAACCACGUCUAAAGUCACAACUACCACUACGAAACCAACGACAACAACUACCAAGGCGACAACAACCACGAUUAAAGCAACAACAACCACUGUGACUACAACUUCAAAACCUUUGAUCACGACCAUUCCGUGGUGGCACACGAGUUCCAAGAGCUCAACACCAUCCACAAGAUGGUGGAAUAAUUGGACCAAACGAUCAACUCCGGCAUCGGUAGACUCGCAAUCGGCUAACACCCAACCCGCGGCGUCAUCCUUGUCUAUUGCGCCAUCCACUGUUCCAGCUACGACGAUUACUACACCUCGUCCUACACUUAGCGUAACAAGAUUCCGGACGACGACGACCACCACCCCAACGACAACAACAGAAAAAACAACUACUCGCACAACUCCUGCCCUUAGCCCGGGGUCAAAUAAAUUUUCCAGUUCUGGUGUUAACGAGCUAUGCGAGGAUCGGAUAACUAAAAUUGCCGGAUCCAUGUCCUGCCAAGACUUCCUACAGCGUUACGGUUUCCAGUAUUGUCGCCAACCAUAUAUUAUGAAGAACUGCUGCGCAUCGCAGCAACGAUUCUGCCCAAACUAAAGAAAAAUAAGACCAGUGUGCUUGCGAUUUCAGAGAAACAUUAUUCCAGACACGUGAAAAUCAGAAUGUAAUGUCGCUUGCGGCUCAGUGGCGAAACAGAGACACAACAGACUAUAUUUCGGCGUCAUUUGGUCGAUGAAGGAAAAAAAAAAGAUAGAAUUAAAAA